AGCCAGGAGCUGCAGAUUCCCCCACAGGCCUCCAGGCUGGUGUAUCCCCUCUGGAUCCUGGGUGUCUGUGUCCCAGCCUGCUCCCCGUCCCGGCAGGCACCGGCACCGGCGGCCGUGUGGGGCAAUGGUGGGGCGGGCAGCUCGCACGGGGCGAUGGCGGCCGGGCCUGCCAACCCGCCGCAGCUACGGACUUCCUGGACACGUGCUGCCAGCUGGCAGCCUGCCCGGAGCCACGUCCAAAGUGACCUCAUGCUCCAUCACAGCCGGGGAGUGACUCAGGAGGAGCUUGGCCUGACACGGUCAGGCGGUGUCUGGUUCGGGCUCCCUCCCCACACACGCCAUUGUCCUCCCUCUCCCCCCACCCCACAUCGGCUUGUCCCCGACAGAGGGGGGGUUUUGAGGCCUUUGCUGGCAGCAAAGGCACUGCCGUAAGGAGGUGCAGUCCGGGGAGACUGUCUGAGGACAGGGAGAGCUGGUGGGAGGAAAGAUCCCUGGUGUGUGCAGAGCUGGCAUGCGUGGAGGUCACAAAUUGUCCCUGCUCCUCCGUAGUGAGCCCAGAGUCCCGGCGCCAUGCAGAGCAGGGCACAAAGACAAACAGGGUGUGCUUGGCACGGGCUGACAGGCCAUUUUGAACCAUCAGGGUGGCCGUCUCCCUGCCCGGGAGAAGUGACACAGCUCUGACACAGGGGAUCUGCAUCAGUUCCUGUCCCCACCACAGGCUCCCGCAGGACUCUGAGCAGUUUGUGCAUGUGUGCCCAUGCUGGCCGAGGCUGCAUCGUCCUGACUGGGAGGUGACCGGGGAGGCAUUUUGGGGAUCUCCAGGGCCUGCCCCAUGUCUCAAGAGCUCAGCUAUACCUGAGAUGCUCCUGCUCCACAGCACCUCUCCUUGCUUUGCGUACUAGCUGUGCUGGAGGGUUCCUCUGGUGCUGUGGAACCAGCUGGAGCACUCACAUGCCAGGGCAGGAUGUUAUGUGAGAGAAAUAGAGGAGGUUUCCAUUCUUGGUGUAAAACUGUACCCAGAGAAGCGUUGAAGGGGGCCAGGAUGCCAGGGAGGUGAUGAGCCCAGGAUGCUGGGCUGCAGGUUGAGACAAGGUGCUGUGUGGAGGGGAGCAGCAUGGAGCCUGCUUCCACCCUGCAGCCACCGCUGACCUUCUCGGGCUUCCCUCCAGUGGUCAAGUGCUUCACGGAUCAGCAGAGAAGAGAGCAAAAUUGCAGGGUAUCAGGUCCCAGCUGUCUGGGGACUCCUUCCAGGGAAGUGCUGAGACCACUGGAGAUAUAACCAUUACUUUUCUGUAGGGAACUUGGGAGGGGGAACCACUGGCAGUGCAGGGGGAGAGACAGGGCUGAGAACAUGCAGCAAGGGCAGCUCUCACUCUUCCAGCGACUGGACUGGAAGGGUUAAACCCUGGUCCUGACCCCCACCUCCCGCUGUCGUUCUGGGCAGCAGAGCCAGUUGGUGACAAGAGGCUGAUGCUGAUGAGGGAGCAUGUGAAGCCAGAGCUUGUGAAUGGGGCUUUAUCCCAGGAGAGACCUGCCUCUGCUCCGUCCCUGCCCUGCUGCCAGCACCAGCUGCAGGCAGAGUCCUGCGGGCAGCAAUGUGCCAGUAGCCUCUGAGCAGGGGACACGGGGUUGGGGAGGCAGAAGACUUGCCCUUGGGGCAGGCUGAGUUUCCCCCACAGUGCAUGGAGGUCUUCCAGGAAGAUGUGCAUGGCUGAGCUGUGCUCCAACGCAUGGGACUUUUACGAAAGACACAGGAAAGGAAGGACGCAGCCCUGGUUGUUCCCUUACGGUGCUCCUCUGGGGAUGCUCCAUCAUGUCCUGCAGCCCUACCUGGGGGGUGGGCUCAGCCCCAGCACAUGGACCAUAGCUCUCCAGGUGGCACUGCUGCAGAAGGAAGCUCCACCACGCUCCAAAGAAUGAGACGGAGGCGUCCUCGCUUGAGAAAUGUAGCUGUCUUCGCAACCACUGCUGCUUUGACCCUCCACUUCGCUGUAAGGGUGUAAAUUCAUCUGUGCAACCACCCCACCGUGCCCUUUCCACCCAGCCACCCACCAUGCCGGAACUGGCAGAGCUGAGCAGCCCCCGCACCCCUGCUGACGCGGACCACAUCCAGAGGAACAUCUUGGAGGAGCAUGUGGAGCUCUGGUGGUUCCAGGACCCCAAGAAGUCCAUCCUGUGCUAUGGGGUGGCUGUGGUGCUGAUCCUGGCCUGCGGGAUCGGGGGCAUCAUCCUGCUGUACAGCACUAGCAGCAGGUCUGGGGAGUGGCGGCUGGCCGUGGGCACCACGCUCUGCCUCCUGGCCCUGCUCGUGCUGCUGAAGCAGCUGCUGAGCUCUGCAAUCCAGGACAUGAACUGCAUCCGCAGCCGUGAUCAGAUUGAGCUCUUGAAGAGCGGGGGCUUCUCGGACUGCCUGGUGCUGCUGCUCAGCGCCCUAGUGCUACUGGUCUGCGGGGUCGUUCUCACCAUCCUCUCCACCACCACCAUGCAGCUCAGCCCUGCACGGCCGCUGGCCAGCAUGUUCACCAGCGGGGUUGUCCUCCUGACUGCCGGCGGUGCCAUCCUCCUCUGCCUGCUGCUCUACCUGCUCUGCACCUCCUGCCGCCAGGCUGCCCCUCGGAGCCUGGAGACGGGCGAGAUCCGUGUCUUCACCAUCUCCGGCCGCCUCGCUGCAAACAGACGGCUUCCUCCCACCUCCAGCAUGGCCAACCUGAUUUGACCCAGGAUCCUGCGUGACCCUCACUGGAUACGACGUGUCAGCAGGGCUUGUGCUGGCCUUUCCCCAAGGAAGAGUGAGUGCUGGGGUAUGCCUUGCGCUUCUUUUGGAGAUGACUGGCAUUUGCUUUGCCCCAGGCUGAUGGCACAGCAGGGACUUGGGGUGCCUGGAUGGUCACUGUGACCUGGCGCAUUAGAAGCACAGUGCUGGCGUUUUAUAUCCACAAAGCCUCCUGCGACAGCUGCUGCCUGCCCAGCUGUGAGCCCUGUCACAGAGCUAAGGUGAGCCUGUCCUUGCACUUGCUUGGUUCCUGGAGUUCCCGGGGCUGUGUUGUGUGCUCUCCUGGCAAGAGAGGCUGUGACUGUGGAUAGUGUAAAACCACCCCGGUCUCCAUGCAGUGACGCCAGCUCAGACCCCUGUCUCAGCUGGCACCAGCACUUUGUGCCUCUGAGCCCAUGAAGGUGGGCACACACUGAACUUGCUGUGCUGCCCUGUGUCGCGUGUCCCCUCCCUCCCAGGCUGUGGGACCCCUGAGCAAAGUAGAGCUGAUGAAUGGCAGGAAACAUUCUGCGUGUCAGCAGGCAUGUAGAGCAAGCGAAGGGAACUUGGGGGGAGGUAGGGCUGCAAGGGCUGCCCCCGAGAAAGCACCUGUGUGUUUGUGGGAGGGAGCAUGGGAUUUGUGUGGGAUUAUGUGUGCCAGAGUCCCAGCAUGGCUGGACCUCAGAUGAAAUGCUGUUUGUGUGUGCAACGCCAGGAUCUGUGCCAAUAUUACCUUUCUGAAGCCCACCAUCUUCUGUGGUUUAUCAACCGGGAUGAUCAAAGGGUGUUGGUGCCAAGGCCCUGAUGGGUUAUCAGUGAUGGACUGUGUGUCAGGGCUCCAGGUGGACCUGCUCUGGCAGGGGGGUUGGACUAGAUGAUCUCCAGAGGUUCCUUCCAACCCCAUAUCAUUCUGUGAUUCUGUUAUCAUACUAGUGUGCUCCAGACACAAACAGCAAGGUUCAGUCGCUGGGGGAUGGUGAUGGGAUGCAUGAAUCCUGGGACUGGGGCUGCUGCCCUGCAAGGGCAGUGUGAGGAGGGAGCAUUGUUGCCCUCUGGCAGGAGUUUUCCAAGCGAAGGAACCUCUGCUGCUACGGGAGCACUGCAGGUCAUCCCGUCCCUGCUGGGCCCAGCACAGCAGCAUUCCCAUGUUGCUUCCCUCUCCCAAGUGCUGCAGCUGCUACAGGGCAGAAAUGUUCUUCUGCCACCACUUGGGCCUUACCUGGAGCUUUUUUGGUGUUUUAUCUCUACAAGGUGUCUAUCAUUGAGGUGUCUUUACCAGAGGCAGACUAACAACUCACCCCUGCGCGCUUUUCCUGUAACUUCAGGCUGAUUUACCUGUCAAAAUUCUAAUUUUCUCCAUAGACCCACAAAUGAUUUCACUGCCCUUUCCAUAGAAACAGAUCCUAACCUCCUAGUGAAGCUUCUCCUACACAACCUUCUCUUCAUCUCCCUGUCUGCUUCCAUCUCCCCUUCAUCUGAAUUGCUCUGCCCCAGUCAUUAUUUUGGCUCAUUUUUUGCUAGGUUCCCUCUGUAACGGAACAAGACUGAGCUAUUAUUUUUUGGUGCCUGGUAGAAAAUUUAUUUGGAAGAGAAUGGUAGCUCAUUCCCUUAGUAACAGCAUGAAUCGCUGUCCAUGUCACACCUGGAGGCAGUGUCAGAGUUCAGCAUCAGUGAACCCCACCAGGUAUAUGCUGGACAAUGAGGACUUCAUCCCUUCACAGCUCUAGACCACACCAUCCCUGAUGCAUUCAGAUUGCAUGAGGGCACUUCUGUCUUCUGUAUUCUUCCACUGUUGCCCUGCUCCUGCUGGCUUUCCUUCCCCCAAAGCCUUGGAUUGUUUUCCCCAAAGUACGGGAACAUAAUUUUUGGCUUUUGUUUCUGAAUGUCUGUUAUUUCUACAUUUUCCUCUGCCACUUUCGCACCAUCUGUAGAUUUUAUUAAACUGCUGUCUCCUCCUCUCUCUGCAUUACUUCCCUUAAUCUACCCAAGAGUUCACAGGGUGUUACCAAGUUCAGGUCCUCCUAAAUCCUCUGCAAAGCAAAGAGCCGUCCUUCCCCUUUGGGCUGUUUGAUCCCAGGUCCCUGUGCGUGCACGGGGAGGGACAGGCCAGAGCUGGACAGCUGUGCACCAUCACAGUUGCUCUGCACGUCCAUGUGGGUGCACGGCAGUUCUGCCAGGCUGCACCGCCUCUGCCUGCAUCAGUGCUGUAGCGGCUACUCCCCGCUCCCCCAACCUGCACGUGUGGACAGGCCGCAGCUGCCUGCACACCAGCUGUUUUGCACAUCUGGGCAUUUCUGUGAAGACUGGUGACCGUGCCCAGCUCACAGCUCCACGCUGCCUGCGCACCAAUGUGAAUCCUUCGCUCCAUAGCCCCUUCAAAAGCUGCCCCAAGUGCCCGUGAAUUGUGCCAGAAAAGGAUGCUCGUGGGCCGUGUCAGCAGCCCGAGGAAAUAAUGGCUGAGAACAGGCUGUCCCCGAAGAUGGCAGUUUGGGUGUCUGGCUGCCCACACGGACAGCCUGUGCUGCCCCAGUCACUGGCUCGCCUCUGCAGCAGCGGUACUGGUUUGUUCCUUUCUUGAUUCUUGUGUUGUGUGUGGAAAUACAUAAUAAAGUGUUACAGAAGUUGA